AUGGGUUUAAGCAAAAUAAGUUUAGACCAAUGGUCUAGGUAUAUUAAACUGAAAACUUGGAUAUUUGAAGAUACAUGCUCUACUAUAGCUUCUAAUAACUUGUUGCUACUUUUAAAUGAUAUAUUUCCAAAAAAGUUUCAAUCUAAAAAAUUAGGCUUUGAGAAGAGCCACUUGCCCAUCGGCUUCCACUUUUUGUAUAAUAAUCAACCUAACGUGACGCUUGGAUCUGAUGGGUAUGACAAUUAUCAGGCGCCAAUGAUAGAAAACAAACAGGCCUAUAGAAGAAGAAUGUGGGUAAAAGGAAAUAUUGAAUUUUAUAGGUCGCCAUUGUUGAAUGAAUAUUUAAAAUGUACAGAACAUGUUCACACAGUUAAGACUCUUGGAGAUGCAACGUUUGUCAAUAUUAAUAGAGAGUUUAGUAAUGCACAAAGUCUUAACUUCGUUGAAAAUAGAACAUUGAUAUAUAAAAACGAUUUAUAUCACCCGGUAACGAAUAAAGCUAGUUUCCCAAAAUUUAACGAUACACUCAAUAUCCAAUUAUCAUAUAAUGACAUUAUACGAUACAGUUAUUUAACAUAUAAUUGUCAUAAGAUUCAUUACGAUGGAAAUUAUUGUCGAGGGAAGGAAAACCUACCAGAAAUAAUUGUACAAGGUCCAUUUAUGGUUACUCUUCUAUUAUAUUGGUUUCAAAAGUUGCAUUCUGACUUCAUUAUCAAGAAAUUCACGUAUAAGAAUAUCGAGCCAUGGCUUUUAAAUGAUAAAGUAACCUUAGGGUGUGUCGAGGGGGAGGAUUCUUAUAAAUUACAAAUUAUUAAUGAAGAAAGGGGAAAGGUGUAUAUGGAAGGAAUGAUCAAAUAG